AUGAGUGCCACUGCCAUUCCCGAGACCAUGAAGGCCUGGUCCGACUGGGUCUCCAUCGCAGAGAUCCCAGUCCCCAAGCCCGGACCUAACCAAGUCCUAGUCAAUGUCCUCUACGCCGCCCAAAACCCCACAGACUGGAAACACGCCCUCUUCCUAUCCGCCCCCGGCACCACAAGCGGCUGCGACUUCUCCGGCAUCAUCGUCGCCCUCGGCCCCGACCUCGCUUCCCCUCAUACCCUAGCCCCGGGUACCCGCGUAGCAAGCACCCUGCGUGGCGGGUAUUACAGAGACCAAGGUGCUUUUGCAGAGUAUACGUUGGUGGAGAGUGAUUUGUUGUGGGUCGUGCCCAACGAGGUCAAGCUGGAGGAUGCGGUGACGUUUGGGAUUGGGUGGACUACUGCUGCGCAGGUUCUGGUUCAGCGUCAGGGUAAAGCAUUCCCCUCUACAGGCGAUACCAAAGUAACCAACAACCCUUGGUACAUAAUCUACGGCGGAUCCACCUCCGUCGGCCUCUUCGCCAUCCAAUUCGCCAAGAUCCUCGGCUACCGCGUCCUAGCCCUCGCCUCCCCCCACUCUUUUCCCUUACUCAAAUCCUACGGCGCCGACGCCGUCUUGGACUAUCACGACCCCGACGCCGCCAUCGCCCAGGGUCUCGAGAUCACACGAGGCGAGGGCGCCGAGUUUGGGUUGGAUACGAUUGGGGAGGGGGACAGUGUCAGGAUCACUGUGGGGAUUAUGGGGUCCAAGGGGAGGCAGUUGAAUGCGUUUCCGGGAGUGUUGGAGGAUGAUGUCAGGGCGUUGAACGCGGGGUUGAAGUUGGAUACUACCAUUGUAUACACCCUCAGUGGCAAGCCAUUCGACAUCUUUGCCCGAACACCCGGUAAACACUACAUCCCCGCCAUACCCCAAGACCGCGCAUUCGGCGUCCAAAUCUUCCAACAGACUGCCGAGCUGAUCACCAAAUACGGUAUCAAGGCGAACCCUGUGCAGAUUACUGGCGGGUUUGAGGACGUGGGUAAGGGGUUGGAGUUGUUGAAGAACAAUCAGAUUUCGGGGAAGAAGUCUGUUAUCAGGAUUGCAAACGAGGCAUAAGAUACUGUAGCAGGAGCUCCCUACGCAUGUAUACUUGGAUUGUGGACGCCCG